CCCCGCAAUCCGCCGUUCCGAGCCUCAACCCGAGCCCCAAACAACACCAGGCCGACACACUAUACGCGCUAUGCUCAUCCAGGAGACCCACAAGGAUGUGCCGACCCAGGCGGGCGGCGAUAUGAGGAUCUUCCUCUUCCAUCCUACGAUUCCGAAUUAUCCCAAGGCGAAGUUUCCGGGUGUAGUGGUGUUUAGUGAGAUUUAUCAAGUAACCGGCCCCGUCGCCCGCUUCGCCCGCCAAAUCGCUUCCCAAGGCUACAUCGUCGCAGCCCCGUCCUCCUACCACGAGUUCACCGGCCCAGAGCCCCUCGCCUACGACGGCCCUGGAACAGACGCUGGAAAUGAGUGGAAGAUCACAAAAGAAGUCAGCGCCUACGACGAAGAUGCCACCCUCUCCAUCGACCUCCUCAAGUCUCUCGACACAUGCACCGGGCGCAUCGGCGCAACCGGCAUGUGUCUCGGCGGCCACCUCGCCUACCGCUGCGCACUGGACACCCGGAUCUCCGCAGCGGUGUGCUACUUCGCGACCGACAUCCACAGCCACUCUCUCGGCAAGGGCAAGAACGACGACUCGCUGGCCAGGGCCAAGGACAUCAAGGGCGAGCUCGUCAUGAUCUUCGGCAAACUAGACAACCACGUGCCCCCCGCGGGCCGCGACCUCAUCCGCAAGACCCUUCACGAGGCGGGUGUCACAUUCAGUUUCUACGAGCAUGCAUGGGCCCAACACGCCUUCAUACGCGACGAGCUCUCCAAAGGCCGCUACGACGCCGCACUUAGCGGCGUCUGUUUCGAGAUGCUGAAGGAGGUGUUUGGCCGGACGCUGCGGUCAGAUCUGGGGCCCAGGAGUGGGGGGGAUGUCGAGGUCGAGGAUGUGUGCUAGCGACCAUGCCGCAGGUAAAAGCGAGCGGGAGAGAGUGAAGAAAGGUCUGGGCGUGGGCGUGUCGGCAUCAUAGGACACGCAAUAACGCAACGGGGAAGUAGACGUGGUGGACAGCAUCACAAUGUCUGAACUGGAUUGAGUUGCUAGCGGGCUGCACAUUCCAUGCCAUGCCAAAGCUGCGGACUACAUAUCGCCUAUUCUGAACUGUUACGGUCAAGCA